UAAAAAUUAAAAUAAAAUCUCUCUGUUUCAGAAGUUUAACGUGGACGGUGACGAUGAGCUUUCUGAACCCUCCGAUGAUGGAGCCUUCGCAGCCCCAAAAUCCCGACGACUACUCUGCUGCUACGACGAUUAUCACCUUCCAACGUCCAAUUCCUCUUCUUCGCGGACCAAUUCGAGCCGGUCGAUCUGAAAAUCCAUCGGCAGGUCCGUACUUGCUUGCAUUUAGAGAUCCUCAAGCUUGGAAAUCUGCCUACAAAAUCUGCGAGUCUAAAAUCAUCGAACAAUGCGAGGCCGGCGCGAGGAUCGGUUGCUCAAUAACUGCUAUCAACAAAUGCAAGCGGCCGUGGUGGAGUUUUUUGAUACAGUCGAAGAAAGGGCUGGAUUUGAAGGAUAGGGAGCAGUGCGAAGAGCGCGAAAUGGAGGCUUGUUUGGCUGGCGCGAAGGAGAAGUGUGUCGGUUUUGCGAAGGAGAAGUGUUCUAAACCGUUCAUGGAAGCUAGAAUUGUAGCGAGGGGGAGAAAUAUAACAGAGAAGGAGGCGAAGAUGUGGAUUUGUUGGGCUUCAAUGGCUGAUAAAAAAUUUUCUGUCCCUUCGUUUGAGAUAGGCCGAAAGUUUUCUGGAGUUGGUCUUGAGAAGACGACUUAUCGGGCUAAUGAAUUGCUUGACAAUUAUUUUUCUUGAAUGGGUGCUAGUGACGCUGUAUCAUUUAAUGGUUGCCCUUCAUGGGGGGGUUUCGACAGUAAACUCUGUGUAUCGCCACAAACAUUUGACAUGAAGGAUUUUUUUUUAAAGGUCCGAUCUGGUGGAGCAUGUACGGUGGAUGAACAACUGCUGCAAUGGUUCAAGCGAAGAUGGACGAUAUGAAGGACAGUUUCUUGCAUAUGCCUAAUGCUGUUAGACGGCCAAACAUACCACAAUUUACGGGUGUUGGAUCACAUGAAUCAAAAUUAAUAGUCAAGCAUAAUAGCUUGAGUUGGGCUUUUUGAUCUAGUGCUGAUUCAACAGUCAACACCACAUAAAAACCCAUCCUUCGUGAUGAAAUCCUUAUUAAGUAAUGACUACGGCGGACAAUGCAUCCAAAUUAAAGCAGCUGCUCAGUGCAUAAUUUGAUUCUGAUCCUUUAUGGCUGCUGUGAUUAAAUCAAUAUGAUGAUGUCGCUCAGAUCUCAUCCCCAAAUAAGCAUCUGUAUUGAAGUUAUCAGAAAAAGUGGAAAUGUAAGUAUUCUGUACCUAAAGUUUCUCCAGUUGGGUUUCAUCCAAUCCACCCGCAACCACUUCACAUGUGUUUUUUGAAAUUUUCUUCUAAAUUGCAAACUACUCUUUUUCUUGCAUCUUCUGUCCGUGAUUUUGACUGCUUUUGUUGCCCAAUGUUUCCCAAAUAGUUCAAUAACAUUAAACCAAUACUCUGCUUUGCUUAUAUAUAAAAUGGUUGCUUCUUUUAAACAAAACCAUAUAUUGGACUAUUUUUAG